UGGCUUUUCGCUUGCUGCGAAAGGGACGAAAAGACUUUCUAGAAGAAACUUUACUUCAAAAGACUGGCGCUCAUUCGCCACAGGCUUCGCUCGGAAAGUGCAGCGAUCGAAGCAAGUGCUGUGGCAACUGCCAGAUCUUCACCAGCGCUGCAGUGGCUUGCUUGCCGUCAAUCAGUGGACCACAGGUCGCUCCACAACCGCUUUCAAACCACUCAACUUUGGAAGAUGGCUCUGCAAGCGUUCGGACGAGGUGAGCGAGGUGGGCACCCGCAGCAAGCCCACCCUCAGGGGGAUCGGGGAGGUCCGUCCGCCUGUGUGACCGUCGUACUAACAGUGCUCUUAGUCGGAACGUUUUCCGCUGUCCUGUGCAAGUUCUAUGUGGACACGGAGAUCAAGAGACAGGGGCUUGAGUGCGACAUCAAAAUCAGAGACAAGACAGCGCUGCUGACGAGCGAGAAAAACGAACUGAAGGACCAACUGAAGAGCGAGAUGAACAAACAGAAGGACCAACUGAAGAGCAAAGUGCAAAUUUCGCACGGCUGCUUCCUGCACAUGCGAACUCUUUCCUUUUACCUCUUCCAGAGCGUAGCAAGGAGCAAACAAGGCAAGUCGACGAUACCCGGGAAGAUCUUCAACUUUUUCUCUGAAAGUAGCGAUGCAGAAGCACCCUCGUCGUCCAUAAACUUCAAUCCUGAGGUGUUCGAGAACUGCAAGUAUGAAAUGGAUCUCAUCGAGCACUGGAUUAGGAAAGACAGCGACAGCCUAGCCCAGUAUGAGCCCAAGAAGAACGUGGCUGGAGCGCUGCAAAAGAAGAAGGAGGCCGAGAAACUGGAGAUGGAGGAGAAGCAGCGGGAGCAGAUCGAGGCCAAGAGACUAGAAAUUGAGGCCAAAGGGCCUGCCGGACCAAUAGCCAGAUGACGACCCUGGAGGACCUAGGCUACACAAUAUCAAACAGCGCCAGGCGCCCCCAACAUCUACUCCCCUCUGCUAGAGCCAGCACACACACACACACCCGUGCCACCUUUCUCUUUGUCACCACUGCCACAUGGAACUCCCUCCCGGCUGCUAUUCGUACUGUAUCCAGCCUAAAAUGUUUUACCGCUCUUGUCCGCACACACUUUAGCUAUCACCCCUUAUGAGCCCUCUGGUUUCAUUCCACGUAGUGUAGCGAUGUCAUAGAGCACAGUGUUAUUAGCCAGUGCAGGCUGUCGUAAUAAAACGACUCAUCCGUGUUCCAUUCCCG